AUGGGAGAAAACAGUAAAUGGCUGCCUUCUUCAUAUUCCUCUUCCUUCUCAAGAAGCAGAAGAAGAUUCCUCAUCAGAUUGAAAGUAGUGUCGAGUUCGUCUCCCGCUGCUCUGCGUGGCAUCAACUAUAGCAUUCCUCCGCCGGCGGCGGCGGCGACCGAUUCCAUAUCGCAGCUCAACGAGAGAAUCCGGCGCGAGCACAGCAAGAGAGAAUCGCCUCCCAUAGAUUCCAAGGAGGCUGACACUUACAUUAAGCUCGUCAAGGAGCAGCAGCAGAGGGGUCUCCAGAAGCUCAUGACCCAGGCCAACACAGCUAAUUCCUCCACAAACUAUAAGGUGGAUCCUUACACCCUCCGCCCUGGGGACUAUGUCGUGCACAAGAAGGUUGGGGUUGGGAGAUUUGUGGGUAUCAAAUUUGUUGAUGCUUCUAAGCCUUCCUCCCACCCAGUCGAGUAUGUCUUCAUAGAGUAUGCUGAUGGAAUGGCCAAGCUGCCCAUUAAGCAGGCAUCUCGUAUGCUCUAUCGCUUUCAUCUACCAAAUGAAACCAAGAAGCCUCGGGCGCUAAGCAAAUUGCAUGAUACUAGUGCGUGGGAGAGAAGAAGGAUCAAGGGUAAGGUCGCGAUUCAGAAAAUGGUUGUAGACCUGAUGGAGCUCUACCUCCACAGACUCAAACAGAGACGGCCUCCUUAUCCUAAAGUUCCCGCCAUGGCUGCUUUUGCAUCUCACUUCCCGUACGAACCAACUCCAGAUCAGAAACAGGCGUUCAUGGAUGUGGAAAGGGAUUUGACUGAGCGAGAGAACCCCAUGGACAGGUUGAUUUGUGGCGAUGUUGGUUUUGGGAAAACUGAAGUUGCACUGCGUGCCAUAUUUUGUGUAGUCUAUGCUGGAAAGCAAGCUAUGGUUUUAGCCCCAACUAUAGUACUGGCAAAACAACAUUUUGAUGUUAUCUCGGAGCGAUUCUCUGCGUAUCCUAAUAUCAAAGUUGGACUUUUAAGUAGGUUCCAGACCAAGUCCGAGAAUGAGGCACAUCUGCAGAUGAUAAAACAAGGUGAUCUGGAUAUUAUAGUUGGGACUCAUUCAUUACUGGGGAAUCGUGUUGUUUAUAGUAACAUUGGGCUGCUUGUUGUUGAUGAAGAACAGAGAUUUGGUGUAAAACAGAAAGAGAAGAUUGCUUCAUUCAAAACUUCUGUGGAUGUGCUCACACUUUCAGCAACACCUAUUCCAAGAACACUUUAUUUAGCGUUGACAGGGUUCCGUGAUGCCAGUUUAAUAUCAACACCUCCUCCGGAGAGGGUUCCUAUAAGAACCCAUCUUACUGCUUUCACCAAAGAAAAAGUGAUAUCUGCAAUCAAGCAUGAGUUGGACCGAGGUGGCCAAGUUUUUUAUGUUGUACCUCGUAUAAAGGGGCUGGAAGAGGUUUUGGAAUUUUUGGAACAAUCAUUUCCAAAUGUUGAUAUUGCAAUAGCCCACGGAAAGCAAUACUCGAGACAACUUGAGGAAACCAUGGGAAAUUUUGCACAAGGGCAUAUUAAGAUUCUAGUAUGCACAAAUAUUGUUGAAAGUGGGCUUGACAUUCAAAACGCAAACACCAUAGUAAUUCAAGAUAUUCAACUAUUUGGUCUUGCACAGUUGUAUCAGUUGCGUGGAAGAGUGGGCCGAGCAGAUAAGGAGGCUCACGCGUACUUAUUUUACCCGGAUAAGUCACUGCUUUCUGAUCUGGCACUUGAGCGGCUUGCUGCUCUAGAAGAAUGUCGAGAUCUUGGACAAGGUUUUCAACUUGCAGAAAGAGACAUGGGCAUUAGAGGCUUUGGGAAUAUCUUUGGAGAGCAGCAAACAGGGGAUGUUGGAAAUGUUGGGAUUGAUCUUUUCUUUGAAAUGCUUUUUGAGAGUCUGUCCAUGGUAGAUGAACACCGUUUAGUCUCCGUCCCUUACCAUUCAGUGCAGUUUGAUCUCGAUUUGAACUACCAUCUCCCUUCUGAAUACAUAAAUCAUCUGGAGAAUCCCUUGGAAAUAAUUAAUGAAGCUGAGAAUGCUGCUCAAAGAGACAUCUGGAAUCUAGUUCUCUUUACUGAGGAUCUGCGCCGCCAUUAUGGAAAAGAGCCUUACUCCAUGGAAAUUCUGUUGAAGAAGCUAUAUAUAAGAAGAAUGGCGGCAGAUUUAGGAAUUACUGAAAUAUACAUUUCAGGUAAGAUGGUGGGCAUGAAAACAAGCAUGAGUGAAAAGGUUUUCAAGAUGAUGAAGGAUUCAAUGCCAUCUGAAACACACCGAAGCUCCAUUGUCUUCGAGGAUGGUUCAAUCAAGAAUCUCGUGGGGUAUGUAAUCCUGUUGCCAUGA